AUGGCUUCUGUCGGCCAGCCACAAGGCUCUGCGCCUGCCACGCAACCUCUCACACCCCCCGCUGAAAAUGCCACGACGAAUGGCGUCUCCGCUCCCGCCGCAGCCACGACGGCCUCCCAAGGCGUCGCGCCCACAUCGGCCAUUGCGCCGACCACGUCGACCGCAAAACCGUCCCACGUCCCGGGGACGUCUCUUCAAGAUAGUGGCAAAUCACGACGGCCGCGCGAUGUCCGCCUCGUUCACAUGCUCCUCGCUUCCCUCGGCGUCACCGCCUAUCAAGACCGUGUGCCCCUGCAAUUGCUCGACUUUGCCUACCGCUACACAUCAAACGUGCUUCAAGACGCCGUGCACCUGGCCACAGAGGGCUAUGCAGCGGCGAUCCCUGAUACCACGGGGACUGGCAAGGGUGCGCCCUCCGCCGAGACGAACGGUGUCUCGCUACAGGCGCUACGACUCAGCAUUGCCUCUCGGUUACACUAUCAAUUUCAGACGGGGCUGCCAAAGGAGUUCCUGAUGGAUGUGGCGUCGGAACGUAACCGUAUCGCGUUGCCCGGUGUAUCAAGAGGAUUCGACCCCGCCGCGGGGGGUGCGAACGGGAAUCCGGCGGCGGCCAAUGCAAACCAGAGCAUUAUGAUGGCUGGUAUGCGAUUGCCUCCUGAGCGAUUCUGUCUCACCGGCACUGGGUGGAAUAUGAAGGAUGAGUGGGAUAGUGAAGGAGAGGAAGAAGAGGAAGAGUUGCCCGAUGCGCCGCAGCAGCAGGUCAAGGGCCCGGAGACGUCGAGGGCGGGUGAAGGCGAGGAAGAGGGCGGAGAUGAAGAUGAGGGUGAUGGGAAGAUGGAGGAUAUCUUCGGCGAGGAUACCGCCAUGGGGGAAGCGGGUGAUGGGGACGGGGACCAGAAGAUGGGCGAUGCCUAA